UCCGCGCGGGGAUGACGAAGCUCUACGUCGGAACUCCGCGCGUAAUAAUUUCUCGAGCAGGAGGCGUGAAGCUAUGGCCAUGUUCUUCCUAUUAAUAUGUUCCCCGCCAUUGUUCUUAUUCCCGACUUGUGCAGACAGCCGGUCAUCCGUUAUCCCCGCCACAAUCACCUUAACCAAAAAAGGCAACCCCUAACGUGCCGGAACUUCCAUAUAAGUGGCCAUGGAAAGGCGUCGAAGCGCCGGCAGGGACUUUUCACUUCUCCGGUGCAUGGUGCUGGUCUCAUUAAAUCUCCUCCUCGCUCACGUUUUUUCUCUCUGCCAACUAGAGUGUUGUACUGGUGAUGGCUGAGAAGGACGUCGAACUGUUCGUGGAGGACGGUAUUUGCUGCGAGGAUGGUGAUGACUGUGUGGAGAGCAAUGGAAGUGACAGCGGAAGCGAAGCGGAACAUUGUGGGGAACGUUUGUCAUCUAACCAGUGGCCCCAAAGCUACAGCAUUGACUCAAGCACAACUUCUGCAUUCCCAAGCUUUGGGUGGCUUAGAGGUACUUCAAGUAGAUAUUCAAGCCUUGACCUUGGCUCACAAAGUGGACAUGAUCUAAACUUGAAGCAACCUCUCCUUUCGGGAAGUAUUAUAGAGAAAGAUGGUUUGGACAAGAACUUCAAGAAAAUGAUCAGUUUAACUGGAGACAAAGCAAUUUCUUGUCAUGUACAAAUUCAUGGAAAACUUGCUUCUCAUGGUUGCAGUUUCACCCAGACUGUUUUUAAUGGAAUUAAUGUACUGGUAGGUGCUGGUCUUAUUUCCAUUCCGCAUACAAUCAGAGAGGCUGGUUGGAUUGCGUUGGCAUUCUUAGUGUUUUUUUCAAUUGUUUGCUGCUACACUGGAUUUCUUUUGAAAUACUGUUUUGAGAGCAAAGAAGGCAUUUUAAGCUACCCAGAUGUUGGAGAAGCUGCAUUUGGGAGAUACGGGCGACUUUUUAUAUCGGUGAGUUCGUAA